GCAUUUCGCGGUAUUUGUGCAUGUGUUUAGUGAUCAAAAGAGGUACUUGGUACCCUAACAAGCAAAAUAUCAGUGCGAAAACCAAAGUAAAAGGAAGUAGCAGUAAUAAGAAGAAGAAGAAGGAUUGGUUGAGAAAUUGGACGAUAAGUAAGGGCUGGGUGCACAAUAAAACUCUCCCAGGAAUGGAAGAGCUAUCAGAAACCAGUUCGAUUUCACUGGAAAACAUCGAUGAAUUGAUAUCAAUUAGAAGUGAAGAGGAUUCCUGCUCUUAUUCCUCCAUACAAGAAACCAACGCGUUUCAGGAAGCUCGCAAGAAUUACAGGAACAAUUUUCCGAUUCUCCUACCGAAAUUCCCAUCGAACAAACUACCGCCUCAACCCGCCCAAAAAAAGAACAAUUUAGGCAAGAACAUAGCCAUUUACAACGACAUGAACGCCAAAACCAACCUCCACGAAGACAUUAUAUACGAAUGCUCGGACGAAAACAGCAACUACAACUCGCUGAACAACAUUUACUUCAACCCGAUUUACUCGCGAUCGCCUUUCGAAAACGCGCUCCAGUUCGAUCGGCUGGAAAUGCUGGAAAGGCGCGCCAUUACGGUGCACAACUACAGGGAGAAUUUGCGAUCGCUGGCGAAGCGCGAGAAAUUCGUCAUCAGGCACAUCAAGAUCAGAUUCGUGCUGUCGCUGCGCUUGGGGAGAUUCCUAAAAGUGGGUAAACGGAAGCCGGAGAGAAGACGGGGGAUUUUCCGGGCGAAAAAGUGCCAUCGGAUGGAGGAGAACGACGCGCAUCUGAAGAGGAAGAUAGCCGAGAUUCACGACGAGCAAAGGAAAAUCGGUAACGGGAAGACGUCGGUGAAGAUUCAGAAUAUGAGAUACGGUAGACUCAACGUGCUACGCUGGCUGCUCUGGGAGGCGGAAUCUCGAGAAGACAUGCCGGCGCUGGAGAAAGCAGGAGCCAACAAUACGACGCUGGCUUUGCAUUACGCGGCCGCGAGAGGAUGCCUCGAUUGCGUCAGGCUGCUGGUGGAUUCCUCUCCGGAAUUGAGCGCAAACACCCAAAUGGACAACGACGUCACUCCGGUGUACCUAGCGGCCCAGGAGGGCCACCUGGAGGUCCUCAAGUUCCUCGUAUUAGAGGCCGGAGGCUCCCUCUACGUUAGAGCCAAAGACGGCAUGGCGCCCAUACACGCCGCCAGCCAAAUGGGAUGCUUGAAUUGCGUCAAAUGGAUGAUUCAAGACCAAGGGGUGGACCCGAAUUUGAGGGACGGCGACGGGGCGACCCCGUUGCACUUCGCCUCCUCCAGAGGGCACUUGGAGACCGUCCGGUGGCUGUUGAAGCACGGCGCUCGGCUGUCGUUGGACAAGUUCGGCAAGAGUCCGAUAAACGACGCGGCGGAGAACCAGCAAGUAGAGUGUCUGAACGUGCUGGUGCAACACGGCACGACGCCGGAUUACCAGGACAAGCCCGAGAAGCUCGCCAACAACGGGAAGUCCUGCUCGUGCACGAGAAAACCGGACAAACUGAGAAGAGGUAACAGCGUGGCGAGCGAUUGUUCCAAUUGCAAACCGAAAUCGGUCAGCAGCAAUAGUAACUCGAUGAAGCACAAUGCGAAUAACGAGCCCUUCUAUCUCCAUCCGCCUUUGAGCGAUCGCUCGAUAGAGCCGGCCCACGCCCCGGAAAACGGCCUUUACGUUAAUCCCAUGAGCAAACACAGGCACAGCGCUUCGAGCAGCUCGGAGAGCAGCAUCAGCAGCAAUGGCGAGUCGUUCUAUCUCCACAAUCCCCAAGAGGUCAUCUACAACAGAGUCAAGGAUCUGUUCGAGAGCUCCACUCGAGGACAACCUGUAACAGUCAAAGUGGAAGUCCAUUCGAGCAGCAGCGGCGCCGGCUCCGACGAGAACCUCUCGUCCUCCGAUCUAUCGGAGCGCUCGGGCGAGCACGAGCACGACUACGAGGACAUCUACCUGCUCAGAGAGGAGAACAAAACCGCCAAGAAGACCCGCUCCGAUUCCAGGGACUCGGGCUCGCACAGCCGCUCCGGCUCGGUCAGCUCCACCAACUCCUGCACCAACGUCGUCGUCCACUACACCGACGACAAAACCGACGCCAAAACCAUCGUCGAAGACAAGGAAUCCAACAUCGAAUCUGGCGUAUCUUCGGGCUCCUCCGAGGGGGAACCGGAGAAGACCAAGUUGUCGGUGAGGCGGUCGCUGCCCGGGAAACCGCCCGAUGCCGUCAUGAACGGCAAGCUGUUGAAGCGCGUCACCUCCGUGCCCAUUGGGAAGGCGGCGUUGUCGCCGCCUCCGCCGCCGCCGCCGCCUCCGCCCUGCGGCGACGUCGAGUACGACGAGCCGCGCGGCGCCGAGGCCGUCGAAAUCGUCGAGGAACCCACCCUGAGGCCCUCGGAUAUCGUCAAGGGGAUGUGCAGGAGCAUGUCGGCUUUGUCCGCCAGACGUCUGAACUCCUCCUGCUCGGACCUGACCAUCGUCAGUUUGGACGGCGACGAGCCGGACAAGAACGCCCCCCACCUGGCCAACAAGCAACGCGUGCUGCCCUUCGUGCCGCCCUCCUUCCCCGGCGCCGCCGCCUCCAACCGCCUCAUCAAGCCGUCGGAGUACCUGCGCAGCAUCAAGCCCGGCUCCGCCAGGCGUCACUCGGAGAGCGGCGACUUGGACCAGGACAAGCUCUACGAGGAGAAGAAGCCCGACCACGGCGAGGGACCGCCGCCGCCGCCUUUGCCCGCCAAUUUCUUCCAAAAGGAGGAGCAAAGCGCCGAGAUGGUGAAGAAGCAGCACCAGCCGCUGUCGGCGAUCAGCAUCCAGGACCUGAACUCGGUGCAGCUGAAGCGGACGGAGAAGACGGCGGCGUCGAAGACGUUCUCGGCGCCGACGCGCAGCGUCAGCCUGCAGUGCCUGCAGAGCGAGCCGUUCCUGGCGCAGAAGACCGACCUGAUCGCCGAGCUGAAGAUGUCCAGGGACAUAACGGGCAUCAAGAAGAUGAAAAUCGAGCGGGCGAAGACCGAGGAGUGCAAGGAGAAGGAGAUUUUCACGGAGAUCACCAAGCAAUUCACCACGUCGAAGUUCGUAGAGAAGGUGCCUGAAAAGGAUAAUACCGGUAAUAUCAUACCGGCUUGGAAGCGGCAAAUGUUGGCGAAGAAAGCGGCCGAAAAGGCGAGGAAGGAAUUGGAAGAGCAGCUGCUGCGAGAAGCCGAAGAGAAACGGUUGAAAGCGAUACCGCAAUGGAAGCGGCAAUUGUUGCAAAAGAAAGAAGAAGCGGAGAAUCGGAUAAAAUCGACGUUAUAUACGCCGAAGGUGGUCGACGAGCCGAAGAUUGCGAAGGUCCAGGAGCUCGAAGCAAAGAAGGAACAACGUUGCGACAACGACGAAGAAACCAACAACAACAACUGUAACAACAAUGAAGACGAAGAGGAGACCAUCAGGUUGGAGAAUGAAGGAGAACAAUCGGACGAGGAGCCACCCAAUCUGAUACCCUGGAGGGCGCACCUGAGGAAGACUAACAGCAAGUUGAAUCUGUUGGAGUAGCUCAGAUAAUGCAAUAAAGUAGGUAAUAAAACAAGCUUGGAAGAGAGGAAAUUUAUACUUCUUCGUUCUUAUUUUAAUGGGUGAUUCUUGGGCUGAUUUUGAGAUUUGAGAAGCUUGGGUUUGGACAACAAACCGAAAGCUUCUGAUGAACUUUUCGACUCAAAAUUACCCCAAGAUUUCUCUAUUGAAAUAAGUGCAUAACAUUAAUUACAUCCUGUAUAUUUUAUACAAGAAGUUUUAAAUGUAACUAUAAUUUUGUAGCUAUUAUUAUAGAUAUUGUAGAUGUAUUGCAUGAUGAAAAUGUAUCCGGUUUAUGUUAUAUUUUACCCUUGAGUUCCGGGAGGGAGUUUAUAGGAAUAGUUGUAAGGAAUAAGUAAAUUAAAUCCAUUACCCGUAGUAAUUAGAUGUUACUAUAAAUAAUUGUUGUAUCGUAAUUAUUCCUAAAAAGUUUAUCGAAAAUUGUACAUUGUUACGACAUGUAUAAAUAAUUUAUUCCAUUAAUGAAUAACACGAAUGAAAAAGCAGGAGUUUUUGUGAAUUGUACGCGGUUUUUACUUUUUUUUAGGAAUAAAAAUUCAGAGGUAUAGGUAAUUUUUAUUGUAUUUAUUUUUUGUUGAGAAAUGUAUGUAAUUUCGAAAAAUAAAUUUGUAGCGAAAUUAUUUUUCGAGUAUAUUAUUAUACAAUUUGAUUAGUAAAAUAUAUAUGUAGCAUAUUAAUUUUAGUACGAUAUUAUUUCGUGACACGUCCAGUCAUUUAUAUUGUGAUUUUGUAUGUAUUACUUUUAUAUAUUGUUUGUUAUAUUUUUAUAUACUUAUAUAUAUUUUUUAUUUUUAUUUCUUUCGCCUGUUUUUCCGUUCUUGCCAUUCGAGGAACGCUCUACAUUCGCUGGGUUCGGGACUUGUACAGAACUGUAUAAUUGUAUAAUUAUUGUGGAUAAAUAAAUACAUAUAUAAAUAAAA